AUGCCAGUUGCAAAACUUACUGCCUCAGGUACUCCCAAUUUUAUGAAACCAGAAGAUGGAAACGAUUCUUUGGAUACUUUAAUCAGACAAGCAAUUGGAAAAGAGUCUUUCCUUUCCUACCCUAGGGCUGGUGACAGGCCAGCACAGUGGAUUCAAUUGUUUCAUGCUUUAGAACAGCAGCAAGAAAUUCCAGGGUGGCCUGUGUUUUCUCCUGCAAAGGUUCAGAUACAUAAGUGUGACAAGUGUACCAAAGAGUUUUGCUCACCAAUUAAUUAUAGAAGACAUAAACGUGUACACCAUCGGUUGAAAAAGCUUGAUAAGGACUCUACGAAAAAUAGGGAGCUUUUAGAGGCAUAUUGGGAUAAGCUCUCUGUAGAAGAGGCCAAGGAAGUUGUGUCAUUUAAGAAUGUAAUGCUUGAGGAGGUUCCGGGCUCUUCAGUCUUACAAGCUCUCUCAACUCUUAGAACACAACAAGGAUUCUAUUCUUUUCCACAUGGUUACCUCAGAGCUGGUUUUGCCCUUUUGGAUAUUGUUCAAUCCAGGCCUUCUAGUUUCCCUAUAUCUUCACAGAAGCUGUUCGAUAUUCUUGAUGAUUCCAGUGAAAAAACAUUUUUGUGUGGAUCAGCAGUAUCAAUGCAAAGACAUGUUUUUGAUGGAGAGGCUGGAAAGAUUGGUCUUGAACCGAAAAACCUAGUUGCUUGCACAAGUUUCUUGCUAGAGCAGAAAUUGGUAAAGGCAUGGCUCGCAGACAAGGAUGCUGAAGCAUUGAGAUGCCAGAAGCUGCUGGUGGAGGAGGAAGAAGCUGCUCAGAGAAGACAAGCUGAGAUUUUGGAGAGAAAACGCCAGAAAAAGCUUAGGCAGAAAGAACAGAAGGCGCGAGGCCGACCUGAAAAUGACACAGAAAUUAAAGAGAGCAUUAGCAGCACAGAAGAGAAUGUAUCACCAGAGGAAGCAUCUUUGGCUGCAUGUGACUUUGAAGCAGAUAGAGCAGAUGUAGUUGCCGAGCAUGCUUCACCACUUGUAACUUAUCAUCACCCAGACACCAAUGAAUGUGUAGACGUGGAUACAAAGUCAGGAUUUCAUUGUGACACUGAUCAGAAUGUGGAGCAGUGGACAUCACCAAGAGAUGCACAACCAGGUUAUGACUGUGACACUGAUCAGAAUGUGGAGCAGUGGACAUCACAAAGAGAUGCACAACCAGGUUAUGACUGUGACACUGAUCAGAAUUUAGAGAGACAGACAUCAUACAGACAUAAUCCUCGGCGCACAGCGGCUGCUAGACGACAAGGGCUGCCUAAGUCACAACGAACUAUUGCCAAUGGUUUGUAUGCAAGCCAGAACUCUCAAAAGUCAAAGUUUGGAGUCAUUCCAAAAUAUGGAACCAACCGUGAGCAGAGGGCAGCUCCUAUAGUUAACGGUGGUAAAGUUUGGAGCCGUAAGCCUAAACCAGAAACAGAUGCAGUGAUUAUGAAAGCUAGACUGCAUAAAGAACCAGACAAAAUUAAGAAUCAUGAGGUUUUGAUAGGAUCUGUAUCUGUUACACUUGCCAAUUGCAGCCAAUCAGAGGGUAAUUUUGUUACAUCUCAAGCAGACAGCAUUGUAGAGAAUUUGGCCGACCAAAAUAUCGCUCAGGAGAAGCCAAUUAAACCUGACUCCUUUCAGGGAGGCAACAAUCGACCAAGAGCUAAGCUUUGGAGACCGGUUAGCCUGCAUGGAACUAAAAAUCCGCUGCCACUUCGAAGUGUGGAGACAGAUGUUGAUGGAAAAGUUGAUCAAAAUUUGUCUGUUCAAAAUAGUUUAAGGUCAUGUAAUAUAGAUGGAGGUGAUAUUAGUUCAGGCAACAAAUUCAGUGUUGGGGAUAAAGCAGAUAUAGAAAACGUUCAGUUUUCCAGCCAUGCUGCAAAAGCCUUUCUUGCAAAAAGAUGGAAAGAAGCAAUUUCAUUGCCUCACAUGGAGUUGGUUAUUUCACCUGAUUCUGACCUUACUGGGUUACAGGCGGUCAUGGAAUGUCAGCCAGCACCAUGUCGAUCUUCUAAUAAGGAUAGAUGCAGCGUUCUUGCAACCUCUGGAGUUGCUAAAUCGAAAUCGAGAAUCAAGUCGGAGAAGGGAAUCAAGAUAAAGUACAUUCCAAAACUAAAAGCUGCAUCAUAA